GUCAAUGCGUAUUCCGUGGUUCAUGCAAACGAUAGAACGUGUCACAUCGGCAACAAUAAUCGCCGAUCCAUCGUCAAAGGGAUCAGAUUGGUCGCCGUUCAUUCUACAAGUACCGAAAUCCCGAAACAUCACUCAGUAAAUUCCGAGGCCGAUCACAGAAAAACAUGGAUCAGGAAGGGAAGGCAGACGAGCAACUGUUCAACCUUCUUGCCAGUCUUCUCCACCAGGUGGAAUCACUCACUAACCAGGAAGAAGUUGAAUUGCGUACAAAGAUCGAAGCCCUUGGUCUUGAAGUUACGAAAGUACCCUCGAAGUCCUUAAAGCAGCUUGAUGAAUUGGAAAUUGCCAAGGAGUUGGAUAAGCUAUCUGAAAAGCUAGAUGAUGUGGAUGAAAUGAUAUCUUCAGCAAUGGCUGCAGACCCACAGGUGCAGUCUCUGUUGAGUGAUACUGCUGAUAUUUGGAUGCCUGUGAUAACUGCUUCCGCUGAUGAACGACGAAAAUUCACAGCUUCUGUUGGAGAAAAUUCAGAAACAGAAGAGAAUUGUGGCAGUUAGAUAUAUAUAUUUAUUUUUUUGCUUAUUUAUUUAAGGAAUAAGUAUAGUAAUUUCAUUGCUAUAUCACAAUUUUGUUAUAUUUGACAACGAAUGUCUUCACGCCAUCAUUUACAUUGGUUGGAAUGGACUGUUUCCACUGGAUAAUUUAUUGUGCCAUCUUGUCUGUAGAAAUCCUUCAUAAUUCUCUAGA